GCUUCUGUCCCGGAGCGCGGUCGGGGCUAGAAUCGCAGGAGUGGGAGGGGAGCGGGCCAGCGGGAUCCCGAGCCUCGGAGCGCUGCCGGUCGCUCCGCCGCCGAUGCCUCGGGAGCUGGGGCCCAAGCGCCGCCCAUGCAGCAUCCCUGAGCCCCGCAGAACGAGCGUUGAUGAAAAAACACUUAACCGCCUCCGCUGCGGGGAGCCAUGAGCUGUCUGGAUGUUAUGUACCAAGUCUAUGGUCCUCCGCAGCCUUACUUCGCAGCCGCCUACACCCCCUACCACCAGAAACUAGCCUAUUACUCCAAAAUGCAGGAAGCCCAGGAAUGCAAUGCCAGCCCCAGCAGCAGUGGCAGCGGCAGCUCCUCAUUUUCCAGCCAAACCCCAGCCAGUAUAAAAGAGGAAGAAGGCAGCCCAGAGAAAGAGCGUCCUCCAGAGGCGGAGUACAUCAACUCCCGCUGCGUCCUCUUCACCUAUUUCCAGGGGGACAUCAGCUCUGUGGUGGAUGAACAUUUCAGCAGGGCCCUGAGCCAGCCUAGCAGCUACUCCCCCAGCUGUACCAGCAGCAAAGCACCGAGGAGCUCUGGGCCCUGGCGAGCUCGUCGUUAUUCCCUCUGUGGUGCAUCCCUCCUGAGCUGAUCUGCUGACCCAGGGUCUCCCCUUCCCUUUGCCUUCUGACCAGCCACGAAGGCUCAGCAUCUGUGCGAGGACAUGAGGGAAGGCAGAGACUUCAAACUUCUCAGUGUACUGGGGAAACCAAAAGCCACACCUACAGAAGUUUUGUCUAAAAUUAACUCCUUCUGCCAAAAGAGCACGUCCAUAGACUGAAUUGUUUAAUGACUUUUGGCCAAAUCACUGGAAAUACCUGUGGCAAGAUGGCUUAGUCAGGUGAUAUGAUAUCAUAAGCCUUCUUGGAAAGGGGGAAAGAAGAAAAGACUUUGUGGUGUGAAUAUUUUUUAUGCUGAUGUGAAUUAUUUCAUUAGGUAGUGUGAUUAUACCACUACUGAUGUCAAUAUCCUCAGAUUUAAAAAUGAAUUUGUAUUUGCAUCAAAGACUGUCAUAGAGAAGUAAAAAGAAGCCAAUUCCUUCUUCCUCACCACUCAGCCUCCAACUCUCUUCCUGCCCAUCCCCUCCCCACGUCACCCACUCCAGACACAAAGACACACUUUUUCCUUUGGACUGUGAACAUGGAAACCUCAGCCUGAUUGUGAGUGGCAAGUGGCUUAUCUGGAGCCACCUGCCCAAGUCUUACUGAAAUGCAGCUGUUGUAGGACAACUGUUUAAAACUCCAGAAAUACUCGACCAAGGUGGCAAUUCCCAGUGUUUGGCAGAACAAUUGCAAUUGUACUGGAUAUAUUUUUUACAUAUAUGUAUAUAUAUAUCACAUUUUUACAAGGAACAUUUUAUGAUGAAAGAAGAAACCCUUUUCUUCCUUCUUUCCUACAAAUUCUGUACUCCCCUCCAUCCUCUGGAUGAAAAAGCAACAAGACACCCUGACUGUUUCCAUGGAGAAGAACUAGGAAUCACCACAAGGGAAAGAAAUGUAUACAGAUUCUCCAAUACCUCAGAUAUUUUCCUCAAUGUCUACAGUGUGAUUCAGUCACUUUAGAGUUGGGGCAGGGGAAGGGGUCUGUGCAUGGGCAAAGCUUAAAGGUGAUGAGGAAGAAGAAACGAACAUUAAAGAUGUCUAUUUAC